AUGCGACCUAAAUACGAUCUCCGAUCUUUUGUUGUUUAUUCAAUGGAAAAACUAUUGUUUGAAGAUGCGAUUCUUGGUAAUUCAAGCAUAUUCUAUUACGAUUCUUUCUAUAUAUAUAUUAUUAGAAUUUUCACAGUUGUCGCAUGCUUAUUACCAUCGGAAUAUGUAGUGCAUAGUUGUGUCUUCGUCGAGCGAUAUACUGCGGCGAAAAUUUGCAUUAAACUAAUCAUUGAAAACGAAUUGUCGGAGACUGUGUAA